AUGACUUAUAUUUCACUGAUUUGUAUUGCAGUUGACAAUGCAUUAAAAUUGAAUUCAAAAUUUCGCAGCCUUCUCAAGUAUCUAGAAAGUGUGUUGCUACCUCGUAUAAAACAAACAGAGAAGCUAAUAUUUGUUGGACAAGAAACGCAAGAAAUUCGUCACUUAAUAGUGAAACCUGACGCUAGUGGAGAACGACUAAUUAUUGCUGGGCCAAAGGAUAUAAAAACGAAGUCCGGUAAUCGGAUUCAUAUUGGUGAUCAAAUUUUAGCACUCAAUCAGUAUCUUCUUCAUUCUGUAUCAUCAACCGGAAAAUCUCACACGGAUCCUGUUCACUCAAUUACUUUUACACAAUAUAAUGAUGUAUCAAAUGAAUGUUCCAAGAUAAAUUCAUCCAACACUAAGGAUUAUCAGUUAGCAGGAAGACAGAGCAGUGAUGACAGUGUUAAGAAGAAACGACGAAAACAAUCAAAGUCAUCAUCAUUAAAUUGCUCAAAGUUUACGAGUAAUAAGACGAGAAAUAAGAGAGUAAAACAAAAUGAAGCAGAUGAAAGAUCAACAACUGCGUUAAACUUAAUCUUAACUCAAACAAAUGAUGAUGAUAACGCUGAUAAUGAUAAUAAUAAUAACGAUGAUGAUGAUGAUGAUGAUCGUGAAAUGCUUAACCAGGAUGCAAUAUGGAAAUUUGAUAGUGAGAACGUUGCAGCGGUGUUGUCACCAUCUUUCUCUUCUUCAACAGCAAUAAUUGAUCGAUACGAAAAACUUAUUGAAAUUUUUGAUAGUGAUAAGGUGUACGGUGAUAAAUCAAAUAAUUAUACACAAUCAAUUAUUAUUGUCACAUUGUUGCGUCAAUCACCGCAAAUGGUCUUGACAAGUGAUUGGACUGAGGUAGAAAUUAUUCACCUACCAAAUAUUCCUGGCGUUGGAUUAGGUUUUGGUAUUGUUGGUGGUACUUCAAGCGGUGUUGUUGUCAAAACAAUUUUGCCUGGAAGUGUUGCUGAUAAGGAUAAACGUUUGUGUCCAGGUGAUCAUAUAUUAAGAAUACGUGGUAUUAACGUACACGGAAUGAGUCCACAACAAAUUGCUACUUUGCUUAGACGACAAGACACACUGGUUGAAUUGGUAGUGGGAAGACCAGCGCUUACUUCUACUAAUUCUUAUAAAAAUUCUGAAAGUAUGAUUUUCUUUUUUUUUUUUUUCUGCUAG